AUCAGAGUGAUUUGCACAUCAGAGACACACUAAUGAACAAUUAACACACCUUGCAAUUAUAUGGGUGGCUAUAAAAGCAUGCGCAAUGGAUGAAGAAAAUUGUUUUAAAAAUGGCUGCGUUAGCGUUGUUAGAGGACAUCGCAAAUGGUCAAAUCCGAAGGGAACGUAUAUUUAGGGAACCUGAGGACUUACUCGCAAAUUAUGAUGAUUGGCUCAUGAGCCGAUUUCGUUUCCCCAGGCCAGUAUUACUGGAGCUGUGCGCAGAGCUGCGGCCGGCCCUAGAGUGCCACACAGCCAGGAGCCAGGGGUUGUCCGUGCCCACACAGGUGCUGACCACGCUGGGGUUCCUGGCAACAGGGGCCUUCCAGCGGGAGCUGGCCGAUCGGUCAGGAGUGUGCCAGUCCACCCUGAGCCGAGCCAUGCCAGCUGUGUGGGACGGAAUCAUCCGAAUGUCAUCCAGGUACAUCAAAUUCCCAUACAAUGCUGUUGAACAGGCCAACAUUAAAGCGCAAUUUGCAGCAACAGCCGGUUUCCCUAAUGUAAUCGGAGCUGUUGACUGCACACAUAUUGCCAUAAAAGCGCCAUCACAGGAUGAAUUUGUUUACGUCAACAGGAAACACUUUCAUUCUAUCAAUGUCCAAGUCAUAUGUGAUGCGCAAAUGCAGCUUCUUAACAUCGUGGCAAGGUGGCCUGGUUCAACGCACAAUUCAUUCAUUCUGACCAACAGCAUGGUUGGGAACAGGCUGGAGGCUGGCACUGUGCGCGAUGGGUGGCUUCUGGGGGACCGUGGCUACCCCCUAAGAAUGUGGCUGAUGACCCCUCUUACAAACCCCAACACCGACCAAGAGAGGAGGUAUAAUGACCUCCAUUCCCGGACUAGAAUAAUUGUGGAGAGGGCAAUCGGCCUGCUGAAGGGACGGUGGCGAUGCCUGGACAGGUCGGGGGGGAUGCUACUGUACAGACCUGAGAAGGUGUGCCACAUUGUGAUGGCCUGUGGCGUCCUCCACAAUGUGGCACACCGCCAUGGCAUACCACUGCCAGAGCAGCACAACCCCCCACUGGAGGAACCGGAUGCCGGACCCGUCAACUGCAACCCACCCCGAGGAGCCAUACGGGCCCGGCAGAAUGUGAUUUCAAGCAUGUAAAGAGCACAGCUCGGGUGAGGACACGGCCGGUCGGGUGGUCAGCAGAUGAAUUCGAGGCGCCGCGUGCAGCGGAGCCAGUGGAGAAACCGGAGUCAGCGGUUACGCUGGAGACGCCGGGGCCGACGGAGGAGACGCCGGGGCUGGAGACGCCGGGGCCGACGGAGGAGACGCCGGGGCCGACGGAGGAGACGCCGGGGCCGACGGAGCAAUCCGUGCCCUCUCCUUGCUUGUCUAUUCAAAAAUACAAAAUUUAAGUUAAUAAA